AUACGAAGUUGAGGGUUCAAAGAAAUAAGAUUGUUCGAGAAGAUUACCGGAUCGGGAUGACCUCCGUUUUUCAACCGACCCUAGAUUGCUGAUAAGGAAUAAAUGAGCAGAAAAGAGCAACAUCCGUCAGCCAGUUCGCACAAUGAACUUAAAGACGAGAAAUCCGUCAAAUCCCUGGACGUCGAAAACGAGAUACGUCAGUACAUCGAACAAGAAGAGAGGGAGAGGAGAGACAGCCCUCCUUCCAUCUCUCUCUAUCCCGGGACAAGACCUGUUGUGUAUGACUACACCAGGGAGCGGCAGAACCCUCAUGCUGCCAAUAUGAUAGAAGCUACAGCUCACCUAGUAAAAGGUUGCAUGGGAGCUGGCAUGCUGGGUAUGCAUGAAGCCUUCAUGUAUGGAGGCAUUUGGACCUCUUUCGCUUGUACCAUAGCCAUGGGUAUACUGGUGACUUAUAUCAUGUUAAUGCUCGUAGGGUCGGUCCACACAAUAUACGCCAGGAUACGAGUAUCCCGUCUUUCUUACCCGGACUUAGCCGAGGCUGCGUUGGCUACUGGCUCCUCCAUGAGACUUAGGAAGUUUAGUAAAGCUUUCAGAUACUCAGUAGAUGUGUGUUUAUUCAUAGAAAUGUGCGGGACGUGUUGUAUUUUUGAGCUGAUCAUUGCACGAACACUAAAACAGGGUCUAGAAGGAGCCUUCCCAGAAAUGAAAGACCAGGACCUCAGCAUCCGGAUAUACAUCUUGAUAAUAACGAUACCGCUGAUCCUUUUCUGUAUGGUUAGACGAUUGAAGUACCUGGCUCCUGUGGCGCUGGUGGCGAGCUUAUUUGUCACUUUCAUUGCCUGCGCAACAACUAUCUACAGCCUCACAUCCAUCGAGGAUCUCAACAAAAGACCAGCUUGGAAAGACUACCAAGGAUUCUUCAGAUUUCUUGGCACCUGCAUAUAUAGUGUACAGGGAGUUACAAUAACUUUACCGCUGGAAAAUAAUAUGAGGAGUCCGCAUCACUUCUCUACUGUAUCACAAUUUGGAAUGUCAUUAGUGGUGACGAUGGUCGCUGCCAUCGGUUUGCUCGGCUAUUGGGGUUACGGAGAAGAUUGCGAAACCCCCAUCACCAUACAUCUACCGCUUUUUCUGUCAACAGUUGUUCUGCAGUUCAUCCUUGUUGUAAUGAUGGCGUCAAUCUUUACCCUGAACUGCUGGUUGUGUUUUAGAAUAAUCUGGUAUUACAUCGGGAAGAGGCACAGAAGGAAACGUGAAAUCUGGGAGCGGUUCUACAAAGCCAUCAAUGUGAUUCUCAUUUCAUGUGUAUCGGUGGCGUGUCCUGAUAUUAAUCUCAUGAUGAGUUUUCUUGGCGCAGUGAUCUGCAGUUGGGUGUGCUUCAUUUUUCCCGCCAUCAUCGACGGUUUGGUCACAUACAGGGACUAUCGAAGCGUAUCCUUCCUCAACCCGCCUACAAGUUGCCAAAUGACGUGGAGCUCGUUUAGAAACAUCUGCAUCAUGAUUUUUGGUGGAGUUGUAUGCUUAGGAGCAAUCGUCUCGUACAUAUUGUCUUAAUCGUGUCGUAUACGUUAAUAUUCGUAAUAAAUGUGCUUAAUUAAUA